AUGGCGCUGCGAGUGGUGCGGAGUGUGCGGGCCGUGCUCCGCAACCUGCACGUCAUCCCAUCACCCAUCACGUCCUGCCUGCCAAGGCCCUCACAGCUGGGGGUGGGCACCGUCUGGACACUGCACACGGGACCCAUUCUGCCCUCGGUGCAUAAUUUCACAGAGCAACAUGAAUGGAUAACAAGAGAAAAUGAUACUGGAACAGUGGGAAUCAGCAAUUUUGCACAGGAAGCGUUGGGAAAUGUUGUUUACUGUAGUCUGCCUGAAGUUGGGACAAAACUGAACAAACAAGAUGAUUUUGGUGCUUUGGAAAGUGUGAAAGCUGCUAGUGAACUCUAUUCUCCUUUAUCAGGAGAAGUAACUGAAAUUAAUGAACCUCUUGCAGAAAAUCCAGGACUUGUAAACAAAUGUUGUUAUGAAGAUGGUUGGCUGAUCAAGAUGACACUGAGUAACCCUUCAGAACUAGAUGAACUUAUGAGUGAAGAAGCAUAUGAGAAAUAUAUAACAUCUAUUGAGGAGUGAAAAUGGAACCCCUAAAUAAACUAGUAUGAAAUAA